AGCCAAAGAGCGGGUUGGUGGCCAGUGGCAGCGCUGGGUCUAAUGCUGUAACAUUGGCCCUUUUCUGUGAAGUCAAAAGACAAUAGAAACAAUGCCUGUUUUAAUCCAAUUCUAUUUCUAUGGGUAAUGGUAUUUCAGCAAGAAGAAACCAUGGCAAGACCUGUAGAGCUGCUGGCAACAUUGGAGGAUUUGGCAGAUGAAGAGUUCAAAAAGUUCAAAUGGUACCUGCAGCAGGCUGAGGUCUUGGGAGGCUUCUCACCAAUGUCAAAGAUUCAAUUAGGGAAUGCGGACAGGAUGGACACAGUGGACGAGAUCAUAGAGACCUACGAAAAAAAUGCAGUGGAGGUGACCAUUAUGGUUUUGAAGUUGAUGAAAAAGAAUGACUUGGUGCAGCGAUUAUCAAACAUCAGCUCAACAUCCAAAGAGACUCUCAUUGAUUGCCAGCGUAAAGUUAAAUCCAACCUGGGGAAGAAGUUUCAGCAUUUGUUUGAGCAAGCCACAACAUCUGGAAAGCAGAUUUUGAUGAAGGAGCUCUACACUGACCUCUACAUCACAGAGGACAAGACUGGGGAGGUCGACACAGAAGAGGAGGUAUCCACAGAAACAGUUGAUUUGGAUCACGCUAUCAACAUAGAAGACCUCUUUGAAUGCUUAUCUGGUCAAGAUGGAUCAGUGAGAACAUUACUGACAAAAGGAGCAGCAGGCAUUGGGAAAACAGUCUUGACACGGAAGUUUGCCCUGGAUUGGUCCGAAGACAAAGUCAACAACAAUAUCCAGUUUGUAUUUCCAUUCACUCUCCGGGAGUUGAAUUUGCUUGAGGAAAAAAAAUACAGCUGGGUGGAGCUUCUUCAUCACUUCUUUGCUGAGACCAAAGAAGCAGGAAUAUGUGGUUUUGAUAAACUCCAGCUUGUGUUCAUCCUCGAUGGUCUGGAUGAGUGUCGACUUCCUUUAGACUUCCACAACAACGAGAUCCUGACUGAUGUUACCGACUCGGCUUCAGUGGACGUGCUGCUGACAAACCUCAUCAUGGGGAAACUGUUCCCUUCUUCCUGCCUCUGGCUGACCACAACACACGAGGCAGCCAGUCAAAUCCCUCCAGGGUUCAUUGACAUGGUGACAGAGGUGAGAGGGUUCACUGAUCCAAAGAAGGACGAGUACUUCAGAAGGAGAUUCAGGAAUAAGGAGCUGGCCAGCAGAAUCAUCACCCACAUCAAGGCAUCACGAAGCCUCCACAUCAUUUGCCACAUCCCAGUCCUCUGUUGGAUCACUGCGACAGUUCUGGAGGAUUUGUUGAAAACCACAGAAAGAGGAGAGCUGCCCAAGACCUUGACUGAGAUGUAUAUCCAUUUUCUUUUAGAUCAGUCCAAACUGGCAAAUGUCAAAUAUCAUGAAGGAGCUGAGAGAGAAUCACUCUGGAACACAGAGACCAGUAAGAUGAUUGUGUCUCUGGGAAAGCUGGCUUUUGAACAGCUGCAGAAAGGCAACCUGAUCUUCUAUGAAGCAGAUCUUAAAGAGUGUGGCAUUGACAUUAAAGCUGCUUCUGUGUACUCAAGCGUGCUCACACAGAUCUUUAAGGAGGACCGUGGGCUGAACCAGGACAAACGAUUCUGCUUCGUCCACUUGAGCUUUCAGGAGUUUCUGGCUGCCCUUCAUGUCAUUGUGUCCUUCGUCAACUCUGGUGUCAACGUCUUGUCAGAAGAACAAUCAACCUCCCCACAGUCUGCUCUCAUCACUGGGCACUCUUCAGUCAAUCAGCUCUUCCAGAGUGCAGUCAACAAGGCUUUACAGAGUCCAAAUGGACACCUGGACUUGUUCCUCCGCUUCCUCGUUGGCCUCUCACUGCAGACCAAUCAAGCACUUCUUCAAGGCCUAUUGAAUCAAUCAGGAAGUAGCUUACAGAGCAAUCAGGACACAGUCCAGUACGUCAAGGAGAUGAUCAGGAAGAAUCCCUCUCCAGAGCAACGCAUCAACCUGUUUCACUGUCUGAAUGAGCUGCGUGAUCAUUCUCUGCUGGAGGAAAUCCAACAGUACCUCAGUUCAGAAUGUCUGUCCACAGACAAACUGUCUCCUGCUCAGUGGUCGGCUCUGGUCUUCAUCUUACUGUCAUCAGAGAGCAAGUUAGAUGUGUUUGACCUGAAGAAAUUCUCUGGUUCAGAGGAAAGUCUUCUGAGGUUGCUUCCAGUGCUUCAAGCCUCCAGUCUAUCUCUGUUGAGUGGCUGUAAGCUGUCUCAGAGAGUCUGCGAUGCUCUGGCCUCAGCUCUCAGCUCCCCGACCUCUAAUGUGAGAGAGCUGGACCUGAGCUACAACAAUGUGACAAAUUCUGGAAUCCAAGAGCUCACGGGUGGCUUGAAGGAAUGUAGACUGGAAACUCUCAGGCUGAGUAACUGUAAGCUGACAUCAGAGAGUAUUGAAGCUCUGUCUUCAGUUCUCAGUUGCCCGUCCUCCAGUCUUAAAGAUCUGGACCUCACUAACAACAACUUGAAGGACAAAGUGAAGCCGCUCUCUGUGGGAUUGGAGAGUCCACACUGUAGACUUGAAACUCUCAGUUUGAUUGGCUGUGCGCUGACGUGGAAUAGCUGUGAUGAUGUGGGCUUAUUCCUUAGCUCCAAGUCUUCUGGUCUGAGACAGCUGGACCUGAGUAUGAACGACCUGCAGGAUUCAGGAGUGCUGGUAUUCAGUACCGGACUGAAGAAUCCCCGCUGUAAACUGGAAACUCUCAGGCUAAGGGCUUGUAACCUGUCUGAAAAGAGCUGUGAAACUUUGGCCUCAGUUCUCAACGUCCAGAUGUCCGUCUUGAAAGAGCUGGACUUAAGUCAUAACAACUUGAAGGAUUCAGGAGUGAAGUUUCUUUCUGCUGGACUGGAGAGUCCACACUGUAACCUGGGAACUCUCAGGUUGAGUGAGUGUAAGAUGUCAGAGAGAAGCUGUGAAGCUCUGGCCUCAGCUCUCAGCUCACAGACCUCUAGUUUGAAAGAGCUGGACCUGAAUAGCAACGACCUGCAGGAUUCAGGAGUGAAGCUUCUUUCUGCUGGACUUGAGACUCCUCAAUGUAGACUGGAAACUCUCAGUCUGUCAGGCUGUCAGGUCACAGAGGAAGGCUGUGCUUCUCUGGUCUCAGCUCUGAGCUCCAACCCCUCCCAUCUGAGAGAGCUGGACCUGAGCUACAACCAUCCAGGAGACGCAGGAGUGAAGCUCCUCUCUGCUGGACUGGACGAUCCACAGUGGGGGCUGGAGACUCUAAAAGUGGACCAUGGCGGAGUGCAGAGGUUAAAAGCUGGUCUGCAGAAGUAUGCCUGUGAACUCAUACUGGACUCAAACACAGCACACAGACAGCUAAUCAUGUCUGAGGACAACAGACAGGUGAAAAGUGUGGAGGAGAAACAGCCUCAUCCGUAUCAUCCAGAGAGAUUUCAUGACUUACAACAGCUGCUGUGUACAACUGGGUUGACUGGUCGCUGUUACUGGGAAGUUGAGACUAAGGGACUGUGUUGCAUGGCAGUGGCUUACCGAGGAAUGAGAAGGAGAGGAAAUGCUGAUGACUGCAGGUUUGGAAGCAAUGACAAGUCCUGGAGUCUGGGCUACGAUAGAUGGGGUUGCAAUCUUUGGCACAAUAACACACGAACAGGCUUACAUACCCGUUUCAAAGAAACUACCAGAGCAGCAGUGUAUCUGGACUGGCCUGCUGGCACUCUGUCCUUCUACAUUAUUUCCUCUGACACACUGACACACUUCUACACUUUCUACUCCAGAUUCACUGAACCCCUCUACCCUGGGUUUGGUUGUGCACCGGCCUCCUCACUGUCUCUGUGUCAGAUAGAUGAGGGAACGUCUGCCAGACAGAAUCCAGAGGUAUAAUAUCCUUAAAUGAGGAAAUAAUACAGAAAAUAAAAUACCAGAGUAAGGGUGAAGAAUGUUUGCAUGAACAGAAACUUAAAGGUGUGAUAUGCAGCAUUUCACUGAAAAACAAUGUAUAGACUAAUAUAAAAAGAAUCCCUCUCAAUCAUUCAUGACCCACAGAAGUGUGUCACAAGACUUUUUCUCUUUUCUUCCUCUUUUGCUGUGUUCGGGGCGUCAGCAAAGUUAUUUCACACGCUUGGGAGUGAGAACGUGAUGCACAGAGUGGACAGGCCACAGUGACAGGGUGAAACGAGCGCUUCAGCUUCAUGCAUUCACAAUCCGGCAACGCUGCACCAGUCGGCAGGGUUUUGCGGAAUUGUGGGCGUGUUUAUUUGUAUCUUUAUUACGGCUCUGUUACAGGAAACAAAGAGUAAUACAUGAGGCUGUUGUCAGUGAGAUAAUAUUACAAUGGAUUACAUGCAUGCCUUGUUUCCUGUUAAUCCUUUGUGCAUGGGAAGCGAUUUGAUUUUUUUGGGGGGGUUAUCAUACCAUUACAAUAAUACACCUUGACUUCUACACUGGCAAAUGAUAAUUAUAUGGCUUUGUUUGAUAAUAAAAAAACAACUGGAAAAGUCUU